UUCCAUAUAUUCACCUAACUGCUAUCUCCCUCCUUCAAAAUGGUCUUUGCCUCACUCUCUUGAAACCAAGUUCAAAACCAGACCAAACCAACCCAUCUUUCUUAUGUUACAGAGCCCAAGUAGUUUACUUGCCUUUUUUAUAUUUGGUUCAGGAAGUGUUUAGCUAAGGUGUCAACCCAACCAUGCAUUUUUAACUGCAACAACUUUAGUUUGUUAAACCUUUUUUUUUUCUGUUCUUUUUCAUAUGAUUAACUUUGUCUUUCGUAUUUUCCAGUUUUGUUGGCAGUGAUGGAAGCUGUUUUCCUCAAUUCUUUUUCAUCACCAACAAUUGCACCAGAUAAAAUCUUGAGAGUGUCUGAUCACAAGAGGGGCUGGUGCUUGUUGAGGAGAAAAAAGAGUGUAAUUUUGUGCCAAGGGUCUGGUGGCAAUGCCAUCAAGACUAUUGGGUUUUCUUCUAAAGCUGUGAAGGAUGCAGGAAACCUGGUUUUGUCUCCAAAUGAUCAGAAGAGCCAGAAAGAGAAUAAUAUUGCAGUGAAGGAUUUGGUGUCUUUUGGUGGAUCACCACCAUCUACUUCUUUGGUGGAGAUGCAUGAUGGCAUUGGGAUUGUAAAAUUUCUUAGAGGAAAAGGGUUUUUCAUAACUGGUGCAACUGGGUUUCUAGCAAAAGUUCUUAUUGAGAAGAUAUUAAGGACACAGCCCGAUGUGGGGAAGAUAUUUCUCUUGAUCAAGGCGAAAAACAAGGAAGCUGCAAUGGAAAGAUUAAAAAGUGAAAUCAUAAAUGCUGAGCUUUUCAAGUGUCUCAGACAAACUUAUGGAAAAUCUUAUCAAGCCUUCAUGUUGAGCAAGCUAGUUCCUGUGGUAGGAAAUGUCAGUGAUUCAGAUCUUGGGCUAGAACAUGAUAUAGCUGGUUUGAUUGCUAAAGAAGUUGACGUCAUUGUAAAUUCUGCAGCUAACACAACAUUUCAUGAAAGAUAUGAUGUGGCUAUAGAUAUAAACACAAAAGGACCUUGCCACCUUAUGGCCUUUGCAAAAAAGUGCAAGAAACUUAAGCUCUUCCUGCAAGUAUCAACAGCAUAUGUUAAUGGACAAAGGCAAGGAAGAAUUAUGGAGAAGCCAUUUUAUAUUGGAGAAAGCAUAGCAGGGGAAAAUUACAUAUCUGAAACCCCACCCGGAUUUUAUCCCCUGGAUGUUGAAAAUGAAAUAAAUCUGGCUUUGAAUUCCAAAGGAGCUUAUGCAAACAAUGAGGUGGCUCAAAAGAUGAAAGAGCUGGGUUUAGAAAGGGCCAGAAAAUACGGAUGGCAAGAUACAUAUGUGUUCACCAAGGCCAUGGGAGAAAUGCUGAUUGAUAAAAUGAGAGGUGACAUACCAGUGGUUAUUAUCCGACCUAGUGUCAUCGAAAGCACUUGCAAAGAACCAUUUGCCGGAUGGAUGGAAGGAAAUAGGAUGAUGGAUCCAAUUGUUUUGUACUAUGGAAAAGGGCAGCUCACAGGUUUCCUAGUAGAUCCAAAUGGGGUACUUGAUGUGGUUCCAGCUGACAUGGUUGCUAAUGCAACCUUGGCGGCCAUUGCGAAUCAUGGAAUGGCACAGAAAAAAGACAUCAAUAUCUACCAGAUUACUUCCUCAGUUGCAAACCCCUUAAAUUUCCAAGAACUAAGUACACUGCUCUAUGAGCAUUACAGCUCCUCACCAUGCGUGGACUCGAAAGGCAGGCCAAUCCAAGUUCCAUCGAUGAAGCUCUUCAGCUCAAUGGAAGAUUUCUCUGCUCACAUUUGGAGAGAUGCCCUUCAACGAAGCCAGUUAACAGCGUUAAAUUCCUCAAAUGGGAAACUGUCUCGGAAACUUGAAAUGAUCUGCAGAAAAUCAGUUGAGCAAGCAAAGUACUUGGCUGCCAUUUAUGAGCCAUAUACUUUUUAUGGUGGAAGGUUUGACAACAGCAAUACUCAGAGACUAAUGGAGAGGAUGUCUGAAGAAGAAAAGAGGAAGUUUGGAUUUGAUGUGGGGAGCAUAGAUUGGAAAGACUAUAUUACAAAUGUCCAUAUUCCAGGUCUUAAGAGGCAUGUUUUGAAAGGCAGAGGGGUGUGUAGCUGAAACAAUUUGCUGUCUUUUGUUACCCCAAUACAUCUCAAAGAGUCCUACAACUAAUUUGUAAUAAGCCAAUAUUACUUUCUCUUCUUCUUUUUUCCUUCUUAGCCUGAAAAUCUGGUGGGAGAUGAGGUGCAAAAAAGAAGUGUUGCCUCUCUCCUAGUGGUGUAACUUAUUUCAUUAAACUUCUAGCAUCCAUGGUCUUGGGUUUUCUCAUCAGUUCUUGUAAAUCUUCAUAGAACCUGAGGUUGUUUGGUAUAUCUGCAUGGAAUAAAAAUCAA